UUUUGGCUCAAGCUGGUCUCAAACCCCCUGCUAGUAAUUUUCGCAUCGCGCAUGACCAGUCUCUGGAGGCAGCGCUGCCGGAGUGUUGGGGACCCCUGAGAUGGCUGGGGAAGGCGCGGAUGAGCGCCCAGGGCAUCGAUGUGCCCAGUCUCGGAAGCUUGCCAGCGAGCAAGCCAGGUUGUCCGCAGAUGGCGCCAUCCGACGCCUAUCUGGUCAGGUGUACGCUCUGCAGGCGGAGUUACAGUCUCUGCACGGCUGCCUGGAGGAGGUGUUUGGGGAUGCCCAGCUCGCGGACCGCAUCUUUGCUCACACUCCUGCUCUUCGGGCCCUCCUCCACGGUAUUUCGCCUGGUCGUGAAGCAGUGCUGCGUCGGAACGUCGCCCUCCACGCGGACGCGAAGGGCUGCAAGGUGUCCACCGCGUCCCCCGCUGCUCUUCGCUCGCUCCAGAGGUCCGAUCGUCUGGAGGUCCGUCGUAAGUGUGCUGGGCAUCCGCACUUCCAGCCGAAUCCCCCGGGGCGGAGGUGUCCGUCCCGUGCGCGCCGCCCCAGUGCUACGCGAGGGUGGUCGGUGGCAAGCAUAGAGGCCUGUGAACCGCAGCGCUGCAUCGAGAAGGUCUACAGGAUUCGUCUCGGCCUCCCGCCCAAGGCUGACCUGCCGAGGGCCCAAGGGCGCUGAACUUUUGGGUCUGGCGGGGUGGUGGCGGCUUGGUCCACUUGGCUCGCCCCCACCUUGGCCGCUCUGUUCCCCUCCAUACGCUUGCGCCUGUCGCCAGCGCCCAAGGUGGCCGACUGGGCCGCCCGGCACCUGAGCUCGCGCCGCGCGAGCUUGGAAGCGCAACU